AUGGCAUCGAUAGCACCAGUCCCAACUCUCGCGAACGAGCAGCGCAUCGACAGACUCACCAGAAGAACUACCGGAGAAGGUUGCGACACGAGUCGUCCGAAUCCAAAGAUUCGCUGUCAAGGUCGAUGGGUGCGAGCUUGCUCACGAGAAAGCUGUCCCACAUGCGAGCGACAGUUCCUCGAUCCCAAAGCACGCGAAUACCUCAAACGACAGAACGAUUACAACUAUGUACCUGAGAAGGAUGCGGAGCGCAUGCUUCGAGACCUCGGCGAUGCCAUUGAGAAUUCGUGGGAUCGCGUCAAGCACUCCGCAAGCGCCGCCAUUGAGCUCCUGCCCGAAAUCGAUAAAGCUGUUGUGAAGCAGCUAUUCAAAGAGGCCUUUCCAGCAUUGCUUAGCUAUAUCCACAACCCUAGCGUCCGAUGCCGACGAGCUGAACAGGUUCGAUAUUUGCCAGACCUCAACGUUGCGCUGAAAUUCGGCAGGCUCUUCAUGGAUCUUUUCGACCUGGACAACGAUCUGGAAAGCAUAAUGGACUUCCUGGAGUAUCGAUUGCAUUUUCCGCCGGCAUUCUUCGCUACCACACACAGUGAUCACAUUCAGCUUGGAUGGGAUACAUUACAAUUCAGCUUCGUCCACUCACACAUUUUCGUCGAUCUCAACCACAACAGCUAUCGCGGCGCAAAGCUGGCCGUCCCAGUUGAGCCGAAUGCUUUGCACAAGCAGAACAUGUUCAGCUUCGAGCGCGGCGUCCUGAUUCUGCAGAGUCAGAGACUGUACUGUGCUGGCAUGGCGCACUUCUUAGAAGCGGUCUGUCGACACGGACAAACAUUAGGGAAAGAAGUUGGCAACACGCCUGCAGAUCCGGAAGACAUCACAAUGAUUGACAUACUGUACAUCUCGCGUCUCAACGUUGACGACCUGAUACCUGCAGUCGAAAAGCAGCUCAAGAGUCAGCAAGAAGAAUACUUCUCUUUGCUUACCCAGGACAAGACCAGCAUUGAUGUGAUCAACUCGAUCUGUACAUGGUUGGUCGGAGAUCCAGAUAGCUCUGACGCACAGCUGCUCGAGCAUGCAAUCAGCAUACACAUAUUCUCAACAAUGGAUCGCCUCGUAACACUUCAUCGACUCUGCGAUGCCCUCAAGCACCUAAGGUCGUCACUGAAAGCCUGGGAGAACAGACGAAUCGCCAAAGUAAAGAUCCUGGAAGCCCGCGACAGUGUCGAGAGUACCCUCUUCGCUUAUCUUCGCGCUCUUGCCGCAUCCUACCUGAAGAAUCACGAGUUUAUCGGCGAGGCCUUCGACGAACUCAUCAACGACCAUCAGGGCGAUUACCUCCAGCUCGUCCAGUGCGACAAAGACCACAUCCGCAGCGGCCAUUUAGCAGAAUUCUGGAUCAUGUACGGUCUAAUAGAGCCGAUAUUGCCGACCAGCUACAUCUUGAGCGAAUGCGGCCACGUCGCCAAGUGCAAACGCAAUUUCUUCCGGGAGGGCGUCAAGGAUAACCUGCGUCCACAUAUGGCUUUCGCUGCUGACGUAUUUUCAGUGCUGUAUCAAAUAGGUACUUCUCGUGAUCCGAUUGAGCUCAACUUCAAAUCAUCAAACAAGCUUACCUCAGUAAUCUAUCCUCCCAUCGCAUCGCUAGUCACCAGAAUGAUGACACGAGACGCUGUUGCUGAGAUCAAAGAGACCGAUCCUGAAGCCUGGUCCCAGCUGCUGUGGUCUACCACCUUCAUCUGCCUUGAGAAGACCUGGGCACAAGACAGCGUAGAGGAAGACACGAGAGCUUACCUGCGACGCGUUUUCGGCAUGCAGAAGCGGAAGCGUGCUCCGAAACCAAAAGCAGAAGAAGCCGAAGCAGCCACAGAAGAUGGAGGAGAAGAUGUCACCGAUGAGGAUCCAGAAUCAGCCCAAAACAAGGCUAAGGAGGGCGCGGACGCUACGAAACGCGAAAUCGCCAGAAUGCGCGCCAAAUACCGUCUCUUCGACGCCAACGAAUCCCUGCGCGACUAUGGCAUCAGCGAGAACCUUCGAUGGGGCAUGGAGGUGGCUCCGAGACCAUCACAAUUCGAGGAGGACCUCGUUGCUGCCGUUCCGAAGCCGCCGAAGCGCAGAAUGGUCGUCGUCAGAGACGAAGAAGCAGCCGACGCGCUUCUCGCCGCUGCUCUUCCCGAAAUCGCUCCCCCGGAGCCGAUCGCGCCUCUCGUUUUCGUCGACGCAGACAAAUAUCACACCUGGCGCCAGAUCUUCCCACACCCAGGCGAGAACCAGGGCGGAAGACAGCGAGUUCCGCGGCUGGAGUUUCGGCGCGUGCUCCCAGGUGCGCCGCUGAACUUCAUUGAAGAGCGCAUAGGGGGCGUCACGGGCAACAAGUGGCGGCGUUUGGAGGGCGAUGGGUACGAGGAGGCGACGGUGACGCUGCAUAUGCCGCAUGGCGGUGAGACUGUGUGGUUGGAGAGGGAGCACUUGCAGACGCUGCAGGCGCGCUUUCGACAUGCGUUUGGCUGGGCGCCGGAGGAUUUCGUGCUGAGAGAGGGCUAG